CUCCUCUCAGCCAGUUGCCGUUUGCCCUACAGCCUCCUGCGCGGAUUGGUCCAUUUUCUCGCUGAGAUACUUUUCGUCGCCUUGGAUUUACCUUCCUCUUUCCCCUCACUCCUCACUUCCCAUACACUUUCCAAUCAACAUUUAGCCAAAUCUACCGUGCCUCUCCAUUCGGAGGUUCCGAGGGGCUGUCAAUCUGAAACAAGAAGCUUAGCCGAUCUAAAUCCUCUUGUAGAUCCCCCUGUACCUCUGUCAGACGCUUCUACAUUUCUCGGCCCUCAUUCGACUCAACUAUCAUCGCCUCCUUCCUGCCCAUCCACCUCUGGCCAAGACAAGUUGUCAUCUUGCCCAUCGCCGGCACUCAUGGGCACGCUUGGCCCAUUUUUAGAAGACCUUUUUUCAACGUGUGCUGAUCUCCUCUGCCUCCUGGAUAUGGCGGAAGGUCUCCAUCACUCACCAACGAACACGGCGGAUCAUGCCUCCGUCCACCAGUCGUCUAAUUUCGGGGCGCCCAUUACAAGCGCACCUGAAAGGCAGAAGAAAAAACUCGUGGGGCGUGAUGUGGACGUGCUGGUCUACCCAACCAACUCGAUCCGGAGGGUCCAGGCUAGUUUCUUUAGCCAGUUACUUUUAGUGCCUUUUAACACGGCAGCAGCAGCAGCAGCAAAUUUUCUAUCUACAGUACAGACUUUUAGAGCAAAGCACAAUGUUGUGAUAAUUGCCUAG